AUGCACGGCCAUGGCUUCAUUGCUUCGCGGAAUCAACUUCUCAUCUCGUUGGCCAUGGCUGAAUUCAAUAUUCUAACCCCCAAUGCCAUGCUCGGGUAUGGGUACCGGGCCGAGCAUUUCUGGUAUGGAAUUGAGAAAUUCGCCCCCAAAGCAAUUAUCGUCGACAGCGGGUCCACUGAUGGCGGCCCGUAUAAGCUUGGCUUGAACAAGAUGACGUGCGGUCGUGACUCUUACAUCCGUGAUCUGACCCCAAUACUCCAGGCCUGCUUUCAUAAAAGAAUACAGGUUUUGAUCGGCUCCGUCGGUGGGGAUGGCAGUGAUAAACAUGUCCAAGAGAUGUUUGAAAUCGUCCAGGAAAUUGCGACCAAGGAAGGCUUCUCAUUCAAGAUCGCGACUAUCUCUGCUGGCUUCCAGCGGGAUCUUCUAAAAAGUCGCAUCGUCAAUCAAAAAGUGGGCCCUUGUGGUCCUGUGGAAGAAUUGACAGUGGAAAGCGCCGACCGCGCCAUUGAUAUCGUGGCGCAGAUGGGCGCAGAGCCUUUUUUGAAAGCUCUGGGAGCGAGUCCCGAUAUUAUUCUUGGCGGUCGUUGUUACGAUCCCGCGCCCUUUGCUGCAUUUUCUAUGUAUCAUGGUGUACGCCCUGGUGUCGCCUGGCAUAUGGGCAAGAUUAUGGAGUGUGGUGGCAUUUGCGCCCUUCCGAAAGGACGUUCAAUGAUUGCCACCAUGCGAGAAGACUCCUUUGACUUGACUCCCUUGUCGCCUAAGGAGAGAUGCACUCCUCUUUCCGUUGCUGCCCACACAUUGUACGAGAAGACACGGCCUGAUCGCCUGCCUGGUCCCGGUGGAGUUCUUGCCCUUGAUAAAGCCUCCUAUGAGCAGUUAACAGAGAAGACUGUGCGCGUCAGGGGCGCUGAAUUCAUUCCUACCCUUGUCUACCAAGUCAAGUUGGAGGGUGUUGAAAAGCUGGGAUAUCGCACUAUAUUCAUUGGUGGCAUUCGCGACCCUAUUCUCAUCAGCCAGAUUGACACCUUUUUGGCGGAUGUGCGCGCAUACACUGUGAAAUUGUUCCCCGAGCUGGACAAGUCACCACAAUGUCAGCUCUUGUUCCAUUUCUAUGGUCGCAACGGAACAAUGGGCCCAAUCGAGCCCACUCCAGUUGCUGGACAUGAUCUCGGUAUUCUAGGAGAAGUUGUUGCGCCAUCCCAAGAACUCUCGUAUACCAUUGCCAACAACGCCCGCGCGUCAAUUCUGCAUAUGCCAUACAAGAACCAGAUCGCGACAACAGGCAACUUUGCGUCUCCGCUAUCACCCCAUGAGACAGCAGCGGGCCCUGUUUUCCGCUUCAAUGUUUACCAUCUCGUCGAUCUGGAAGCUGGUGAAGAGAAUAGCCUCUUCCCUAUCAGCACAACAUUGAUUACCAACAAGCCUCUUUCCAAAAAUACCGAUUUGCCCCACCUUUCUGAUGUAGAAAGACAAAAGCUACUCUCUGAAACACUCGAGCCUCUUUCAUUCAAGCCUAUCCCCCAGGACAAGUGCCAAAUGAUGGACAUCGCGAAAAUCAUCAGGUCAAAGAACUCAGGUCCCUUUGAGAUGACAUUUGAUAUUAUGUUCGACACCACCGAGGCUUAUGCGCGUGUCAAGGAUGCGAAUAUUCUGACCAACGAGCGAGUCAUGUCCCUCUACCAUCUGCAACCAGAAGAUAUCAUAGUCAACAUGUUCUUCGAACCUGCGCUAGCAUGGAAGUGCACUAUUCGCCGACCUUGGGAGCAGGGAACAGUAGGCGAGCGCGAUACGUUGGGUACUCAACAACAUGGACCUCUCUUGACUAUUACUGUUCCAGCCGCCCAGGGAAGCGCUGCUACGAUCAACUCAGUUAGCACCACGGGCGUUUCUUCGACUCCUCAAGACCGCUCUAAUUUCUCAGCCAAGGACAGUGUGAAUUAUCUAUGGACAACAUUGGGUCUUCCUGCCGCAUCCUUGGAAAUGCUUCAUCUCCCGGGUCAAGGCCUCGGUCUGCCCUCCUCAUUUAAGAUCGCUCAUAUUGCGCAAGCCUCUAUCGGUCUCUCUGCCUUGUUAGCCGCGCAAAUCCAUGCCCAUCGAUCUGAAUCAGCCGUGCCCGAAGUGACGGUCCCUCUGCAACAUGCAGUAAUUGAGUUCAAGUCUGAGAGAUUAUAUACUCUCGCAGAUAAGCCCGCCCCAUCACCGUGGGGUCCUAUCGGCGGCUUACACAAGGCAUCCGAUGGCUAUGUGCGUGUCCAUGACUCUUUCCCCAACCACCGUGAUGGUGCACUGGCUUUAGUCGGCUGUGAGGCAAACGCCACCCGUGAAGAACUUGCGUCAAAGAUAAAAGAUUGGUGCUCCGUCGAUCUCGAAGCGGCAGCGUUCGAAAAUCGUCUGGUAAUUUCUGCUCUUAGGACUUUUGCUCAAUGGGAUGUGCUUCCUCAGGCCCGGAGAAUUUCCAAUUUCCCUAUCACUUUACGCAAGCUAUGUGAUGGACCAUUUGGACUUCCUUCAGCCAUGCAAUCGCAGUCUGAUAAGGCUCUUCGUGGUUUGCGUGUUCUCGAGCUCUCUCGCGUUAUUGCCGCCCCUCUCUCCGGAAAGACGCUAGCUGCUCACGGCGCUGAUGUUCUCUGGGUCACAAGCCCUAACCUUCCCGAUCUUCCAACUAUGGAUCGUGACUUUGGCCGAGGCAAGCGUACGAUUCAACUUGAUCUGAACACCCAAUCAGAUCAGAACGAGCUCUCGCAGCUACUUGAAGAAGCUCAUGUGUUUACACAAGGCUUCCGCCCUGGGGGUGUCGCUGAUCGCGGUUUCUCGCCUGACGCUCUUUCAAAGCGAUUCCAGCACCGUAACAUCAUCUGUGCGAAUAUGUCGGCCUAUGGUCCUGAUAGUCCUUGGUCAGGUAAGCGCGGGUUCGAUUCGCUGAUCCAGACGUGCUCUGGUAUGAAUAUCUCAGAAGCCGAGCACUUCGGUGCUGGGGAAGCGGCGCGUCCAACACCUUGUCAAGUAUUGGAUCACGCUGGAGGCUACUUCCUCGCUGCCGGUAUCACAGCAGCUUUGUAUAAGCAAGCUACUGAAGGCGGGUCUUGGCAGGUUGAUGUGUCUCUAGCAGGUGUCAUGAAGUAUCUGCGAUCUCUUGGUCAAUUCGAAGGAAAGGCGGGUUUCCAGACGCCGGACUUCACAAGCACCAACGAUGUCCCAGAAGAAUAUUUGGAGACCCGGGAAACAGGUUUUGGAAAGAUGACUGCCAUUCGACAUUCUGCUUCGAUCCAAGGUGUUGAGGUUGGCUGGGAUAUAAUGCCUAAGCCUCUGGGUGCGGAUGAGACUAAGUGGCUGUAG